AUGAUUGGCUUGCGAGGCAGGUUAGUCGCGGUGCAUGUCGGGAGCAAACUUGGUAGCUUAGAGACGCCGGAAAAUAAACAAGGGUGUCCAGGCCUGUUUGCCGCCCGGCAGUAUAUGCGGGGGGCACGGAACCUUUCCAUGGCUGGCUGCAGUGAUGGCGAUUAUGACGAGCAACUCCGUCGCCUUCAGGCGCAUCUUCGGGACAGUGAAACAAAGAGGGUGGAGUUGGAAAGAAAAAUGCUUGACUACAGCGAAUCUGAUUUUUGCACAACUAAAUUGCGAUACACGAAGCUGAAAAAAUACUUAAAAGAAAUAUGUGAGCGUCAGAAGAAGUCUCUCCUACGAAACCAAGAUUUGUUGAAGGAAUUUGAUUGCUUUGAAGCUCGUAUUAGGAAGUUUGCUUCAAGUUCAGAGUCCCUUCAGAAGCUGAAGGCACAGUACGAAAGAGAAAUUAAAAGUAGGCUUAUACUUGAUAGAAAGAAUAUAUUAAAAAGUCAAGAGAGAAAUGAUAUUAAACAUCAGAUGGCGCCAGAAGCAAGACAGGCAGGAAUUAACACCAGGACAGCCAUGUCAAGAGGACUGUAUCACACAGCAACAAUCUUUAUGGGCCGCCAAAUGUCAGCUGUCUCUAGCAUUGAAGAUUUCAAUGUGCUGCAGAAAUCUUCGGAGCUCACAAAGAGCUUUUCAAUUUCUGACCAACAUUCACGUAGACAACCAUCACAGAGCAGUUAUAUGACAGACAGCUGUGUAGUACAAACUAAUAGUGAUCUACAGUGCUCAAAUAAGUCUGACAAAAUAGAUGGGAAGACAUAUCUGCUGAUGGGUGAGGAAAUGCCAGUCACAUCCGGUGUAUCAUAUGAGAACGGAAGAACUUGCUGUUUAACAGUAGAAAGCAAGACAAAUAAUUGCAGUAGUAAUUUUGUGGAAAGCAAAAUGUCUCCUGAACUUAACUCCAUGUUACAUGGAAGAUUAAGUCCUGAGAACAGAACCACCGAUUUAAAAAGUGACAGUUCCUGCAAAUCGUUGGAAGAAAUACUGACACAUGAGCACUCUGUACUAAAUGAACAGGGAUCUGGACGGCCAAUCUUAUUGGUUUGUCGCCCUGAGCAGCUUGUUUCUGGAAAUGACCACUCAAGAGAGAAAUUCCCAGUUCUUGGGGACAACCUACAACUGGACAAAAGUGCAAGUUCCGACGGAAGCAGUGAUCUUACUGUUUCUUUGAGUGAGGAGGAUGAAGAAAUGAGUGUCUCAAAAUUACAGCGAACUUUACAGAAAGUAGACUGCAAGAUGUCUUUGAAAUCAAUCAAUACAACAUAUAACAAGGAAGGAGAACAUCCAUGUUCACAAUCAUUAUGUCACUAUAUCUCAAGUGGGGACUCAUCUUCUAGGCCUGCAAUAAGAAAAUGUUUAUCAUUUGAAGGAUUCUCUCAUCUCCUGACAUUCAUAGAAGAAGGGGUAGCUAGAGCAGCUCCUGAAUGCCUGGCAUUAUACCAGAGAAAAGCUGUGAAUGCAGCAGAACUGGAGACCCUUACAAGCCUCUGUAAUGAAACUGGCAUCGUAGAGCGAGAAGACCUUGAGGUAUGUGAAGCACUCGUCCUUCAUCAGCUUCAGAAAUUAUUGCAAAAUACAAUGAAUGGAUGCCUUUUACCAGAGAAAACGUUUAAUGAUAGAAGUGAGAUGCUGGAUGAAAAACAAGUCAGGCCUGAACUGACAUCUUAUUUCACAAUGACAUGGGAACGUUUAAGCAAGCAUGUCUUAUUCUUGCAAAGGCACCAUGUUUUACUUGAACAAGAAGUGAAAGACAUGUUUAGUACCUUACUGAUUUUGGAGAGUCCUGAACGAGGUGGCCUGGCUACACCAUUAUUGAAAGAGAGCCUUUCAGAAGAAUAUGAAGACAGGCUAUUUGCUUGUAGCGAUAAAACCUCUUAUAAAUCGCAGUCAAACAAUAGCAAAAAAAAGCAAGAAGUCACAAGCUGGUGUGAAGAUGAGAGCAAGGAAGAAAGCCUGGUGGAAAAGAUUCCUAUUACAGGUUUGAAUAUUGACAGCUGUGGCCCAAAGGAACAGAAAAGCAAUGCAACCAGUUCAGAACCAAGUUUUUCAUCUCUGGAAAGAAGCCCUUUGUCAAGGAAUGAAAUCCAAAUGGGAAAGAUAUCUACAAUAAAAUCCAAAGCUUUCUGGGGUGAUUCUGAUGACAGCAACUCUGAUAUUGAAGCAGCUCUGCGUCCUCAAGUGCAUUGCUCAAAUGAAGACGAAUUUGAUGACUUCUAUGACUGAGGGACUAACAUUACACACACACACACGUGACAAAAAGCCCAAUGGCAUCUUUCCGUAGGGAAAGCUUUGGGAGGGGUGACUUGGAGCAGAGGAGUUGCUGCUAUGUUUAUGUACCCUAUUCUGCUGACCACUUUUCCACUUCAAAUCAUCCUCUUGGCUGUCGUCGUCGUCCUCCCCCACAGGGCUCCAAAUGUGUGUUUGUGCAUGGACAUAAAGUAUAAUUCCAACCUGAGAAGCCUAAGACUUAACUCUUGCCCUUGUAAGCACUUCUUCCACAUCCAUGGGGUGGGAUGGGGGAUGUGAGUUUGAAGUGGGAGAAAUGAUUAGGAUAUGCCCUUGGAUUAUGUACACCGUCCCGCACCGUUUCUGUUCCCGACUGAUCCACUCAAAGCAGUUUUUCUUGUUCUAAAAUGGCCAUCAGGCUACUGUGACAUGUGCUUAUAUAUAAUGUGUAGUUUGGGUCCAAUUUAGAGCCAAAAAAGGAUGUGAUGUUGUUCACACAAAUUACUAAUUACUUCAUUUAAAAAACAGCUUCUGGGGGCCCUGAUCCACAUUGGGAUUGUGGCUUGGAUCACUUUAACCCUUUGCCCCCACUGCACUCUAAAUUUGUAUUUUCUUCUCCCCUAUUGCUGCUGUUUGUACCAGGAUGAAAUCUACCAUUUGAUGGUAUAUUUCUCAACGCAAAUAACCACAGGUGAGGGUGGGGGAUUCAGGCUAAGACUGCAGUGUGGGCAAAGCGUUAAACCCUACCCCUCCCACCAUCCCAAUCUGUAACAUGCUCCCCUCCAAUGUCUAAUUACUUAAAAAGUCACACAAUUAAUAAAUGUGUAAAUAACAUCACAUCUGUUUUGACCCUUGCUUGGCAAUUGGUAUGUAGGAGUAGGCCACAUUAUUUUAGAAAUCACAUUUUUAUACAUGUGCCUCAGCCACAGAACAU